UGCUCACUCGGAGCCAGCCUCGCCUCGCCUCGCCAGCCCCUCGCAGCGUGCGCGCCGUCGCGGCUCCGGUCUUGCCCAAUGCGCCUGGCGGAGAUGAUCAAGAAAAUGGGUCCCAGCGAGUCGGAGCUCAACAUCCCGGCCAAGAACUGCUACCGGAUGGUCAUCCUGGGCUCGUCCAAGGUGGGCAAGACGGCCAUCGUCUCCCGCUUCCUCACCGGCCGCUUCGAGGAGCAGUACACCCCCACCAUCGAGGAUUUCCACCGCAAGUUCUACAGCAUCCGCGGGGAGGUGUACCAGCUGGACAUCUUGGACACCUCGGGGAACCACCCGUUCCCGGCCAUGAGGCGCCUCUCCAUCCUCACAGGAGACGUCUUCAUUCUCGUGUUCAGCCUGGACAACCGAGACUCCUUUGAAGAGGUCCAGCGCCUGAAGCAGCAGAUUGUAGAGACCAAGUCUUGCCUGAAGAACAAAACCAAGGAGAACGUGGACGUUCCACUGGUCAUCUGCGGGAAUAAGGGCGACCGGGAUUUCUACCGAGAGGUCGAACCCAGGGAGAUCGAGCAAUUGGUGGGCCAGGAUCCCAAAAAGUGCGCCUACUUUGAGAUAUCAGCCAAGAAGAACAGCAGUUUGGACCAGAUGUUCCAAGCUCUAUUCAGUAUGGCUAAGCUGCCCAGCGAAAUGAGCCCUGACCUCCACCGGAAAGUCUCCGUCCAGUACUGCGAACUUUUGCAAAAGAAGGCACUCAAAAGUAAGAAACUGCUGAAAGAAGGGGCUCGGGAUGCUGGCGGUGAAGCAUACGGCAUUGUGGCUCCCUUUGCCCGCCGUCCCAGUGUGCACAGCGACCUGAUGUACAUCCGGGAGAAGGCCAUCCGAGGUGGGCAGGCCAAGGACAAAGAGCGCUGCGUGAUCAGUUAGGAUGACUUUUUCCCCCAGGAAAGAGGCUGUUCUGCUAUCCAGACUUGGCUACCCAUUCGGUGGCAUCUGCCUUCUGCCAAGGGUGGCGUGGCCCACCCCUCCAGGGCACUGUGCCUCCAAAUCCUUUUUUGAAAAGGGGACGCUUUUUAAUCUGUUCCCCAUUUUCCUUUCGGAAAAAGGGGUGUCGAGAUUGCCAGUUGGGGGCUCCCUGGCAAGAGACGGGACUGUGGACUUUGGAAUGGAGGAGGCAUCUUUUGCAAACUGAGAACAUUGCAGGAAAAGGGUGUUCCCUCCAAGCCUCUCUGCAUCCCAUUUUGUGGAAGACUUGGGGGGGGGGGUUGACCGAGAGGGUCAAACCAGCCCAUACGGAACUAAGGCUGUGUCUGUCUGUAUGUGAUGUUUCUGUGUGCUCCUGUGAAGCACUUUAAGAAAACCUGUUUGCUGCUAUACUGGCAAAACUCUCUACUCCCUUUCUCUUCCCCGCCCCCAAGGGAACAGUAGGGGGUGGGCUGGUGGGCAAGUUUUCUUGUGUUUACAUUGUCUUUGUCUGUCUUUAAAUUUUUUUCUUGCAAAAAGAAAACUCCAUUUAAAACACAGGCACUUUACACGCAGAGUAUUUUGGUCCUCGGACAUGAACAAAAAUCAGAGCUGAGUGGUUCUGCAGUGUGCGACACUUGUCUUUUUUGUUAUAUUUUUUCUACAAAAUAAAAACUUUUCAAACUAU